UUAUAUAUUAAAAUAUCAAAUUUUUUAAAACAUUCUACAUUUAGAAACAGGGAGUAAAUAAAGCUUGUUAUCAGUUGUCACACACAUGUAUGGUACUCCAACUUUAGUAGUUGUUUUUUUUCAAACGUUAGCUGUUAUAAUAUGACACUAGACCUUGACCCGCGCGACCGCGCGAGUAUUUAAUUUGUGUUAUUUGUUAAUGUAGUUAUAUUUUUAAAUGUAAAUGUUAUAUUUGUACUUAAUUUUAUAUUUUAGCGUAAAAUGUAUCACCGGUAUUAGGUAUUAUAUAAAAAAUCUAACAUUUAUAUAAUAAUAUCCAUGUCUAAGAUAUAUAGCUAACAAUUUUUUUAAAUAAAAAGUAUAAUAAUAGACAAUUAUGAAUUAUUAUGAUAUUUAUAAAUGAAACAUUAGUUAUAAUAUUUGUAAGAAAAUAAAAUGAUUGUUAAAAUUCUAUGAAAUUUGGAACAUAUACAAAUUAAGAUUGAAAAUAUAAAUUUGAUGUAACUGAUAAGAAAUUAUAAAUGAGUUUAAAUUUAUGUACAUUUAAACCACGACUUUGCAGAUGUUUGCUUUUAUUUUUGUAAAUAAAUAUUUAUUUUGUCUAAGUGAUAAUAUGUAUUUUAAAAUUUUACCUGUGUUAAAUAAUUAUUUAAUAAAAUUUCUAAUCAUAAUAAUUUUAUAGUUUACAUUUUUAAAUUUUAUUUUAUCUUGUAAACUGUCAAUUGUAUUACUACCAUUUUUUGAAUAUGAUCCUUGCAUCUAUUCAAAUAUUUUAUUUUGGUUUUUUUGUGGAUCAAAAUUUUAUGAGAAUGUCUAAUAAAUUAUUUUAUAUACAUGGUAAGUUUGUAAAUAAUUAUAAUGGUGCAUGUAAUAUAUUUAUAUUGGUAAGAAGUAGAAUUUGUUCCAAGAAAAAAGAAGAGUAACGUGAAUUGUGAGAGAGAAUGAGACAAAAAUGUAAUUUAUAUUGUUACAUAAAUAUUUUGUGUAUAUUAUUGAUAUUCAUGAAUGUUUAUAAUAUUAAUAUGAUAUAGAUAAGUUAAAAUAUUUACAUUUAAUUGAUUGUGAAUUUAAUUUAGGAAAUGUUUUAUUAAUUUUUAAAAAGACAUGGAAAGCAUAAAAUUAGGAGUAAUUAUUACUUCAUUAAUUUUAGAAAAGACAAAGAUUACUUAAAAGUAGGUUCAUUUAAUUAUUUCAAUGGCAUUAAGCUGUAAAUAUUGUGUAAGUUUAAGAGUUAAUCUCAAUUUAUACUUCUCUUUUAAUAGAUUAGAUUCUUGUCUGUCUUUUUAUGCUAACUUCUUGUACUGUAUUUUACUCAUCUUUCAGUAAUUAUACGGCAUAUAUUUUUUCAACAAAUCAAUUUGAAGUCAAAUCUUUUCUUUUAAUGAUAAACUAAGUAAAUAAUGUAUAAACAUUGUUUGGAAAUUUAUAUUAAAAAUAAUAUUUAAUCUUCUUUUCAUGAUUAUGGAUACUGGCCUUGUUCUCUGCAUGAGGGCUAUUUGUAUAUUUUUGUGUCAGCAUUAGGAAAUAACUAUAAUUUCUGGGGGGGGGGAAGGUUCAAAAAGACUGUUUGGUGUGAACGCAUUCAAUCCGCAUUUGCGUUCACCACCCGAUUCUGGUCCCAUAUAUUCUCAACCAGAUUCACAAAAUAUAAAUAAAAUAUUGGAAUCACUUGAAAUAUCUGCCAUAUAUAUUCGUUGUAGAAUAAACCACACUUGAAGCAGUAGAAGGGAUCGGUAAAACAUAUCGUUCACCAUGCAUGUCUAUUGGUUGUAACAACAUUUGUAAUAUUAUAUUAUAGCUAUGUGAAUAUUAUAUAACAUGAUGGUUCUUUUUUUUGUGUGCAAAGGCUACAUGAUGGUUACUAUGAAAGUUUUCAGAGUUAGUAGAAGAGUAGGCUACGUAAAUAAGAGAGACUUUGAAGAAGUGUAAGAUCUUAUGUAUAAGCUCGAAUAAUAUAAAGGCAGACAUACCUAAGUGGUUGAAAUGAAAUUAAUUGUGCCUACUUGCAGGUAUUUUAUUCGUAAAAGAAGCUGUUCCGUUGUGACAUUCAUCUAAAACUUAAUUGUCAAUUAUUUCUCAAGUGAUGAAUUUAUAUUUAUUGCACCAAUUCAAUUUAUUACUUCUGGUUGUGGUAGACUCCAUUACACCAAUAUAUACUGGUCGAAGACUUGGUAUCCAUGUUUCAAAAUUUAAUGCUAGUUGUAGUAUUAUUAAUGAAACUCCUGCACUGGAGCUUUUGAACGAAUUAGUGAAAAACAUGCGAAGUUUUUUUAUGAGUAGUUUUAACAAUAAAAACUCAAUUCGAUGCUGCGUGUAUUAAUAUCACCAUUGCUCCUCAGUUUAUUCUUAUGUUAAGUCGAUUGCUUAUCAUGCCAUUGUUGCUGCUAACAACAGAUAUUUAGAAUAUCUCAAGCAUAUAUUCAGGCCAAGAAAUCGUAUCGUCUACUUUGCAAAAUGGGUGUUCUUAAUAUUUUCACAUAUUGGAGAAUUAUAUAAUUAAGCUAGUGACUGUCAAGUGCCAAAGCUUCAUUUAGAUUGUAUGAAUGGUUAAUGAGUUCAUUAUAUGUGGUAAGUUAGUGUCAAGCUUGUAUAUAAUCCAGAAGAUUGAAGAUAUACGUGUAUUCACCAAUUCCUUAGAGCAUCCGCACACAGUUUUCGAAAAAAAAAAAUAUUAAAAUAAACAAAAGCAAUGAACCUGUCUCUUGGGAGUUCACUGCACUGAACCCGAUCAUCACUGUAGUGCAGGCCCCACGACACGUGGCGGCCCGCGAUUGGUCCGAUUAAUUAAUUUUUAAAAAAAAAACAAAACAAAAAUCAAACAAAGAAAAAUAAUAAUAAAAAAAUACUUUGUGAACCCCUUCCAUGGGGUUCACUAAUGCUGAUGCUCUUAGUUUAAAACCAAUUCAAAAGUGAGUUCAUGGUGUUACCUACAUACCAAGACAUACGUUUUUCAUAUCAUCACCUACUUCUUCGUUAUUCAUGACAAAGUAGACAUAGACUGCAUGUAUAUUAAUACUAGUAAUAACUAUUAAUCGUUUUACACGAAAUUUGUGAUAUGAACACACCACGUAAGUAAUAAUGCCUUACCUGGUCGCAACCGCAAAUAAAAUAUGUUCAGAGGCUCAUGUAUUUCGAGUCAUGUAACACAUGCAUAAAGUAAAGCGCACAGAAGGGCGGAAAAGCCAAGCAUUUCCAAUAUCAACGAGUGAUAAACCAACUAGCACAAACAGUUCUUAUUUUGUACAAAACAUUUACUUUAGUGUUUUGUCGUGGUACCGUCAUUGUAUUAUAACCAUCCAAUUUAAAGGCGUCUUCUAAUAUUACUUGUUGUUAACAAAAAGAAGAAGAAAAAAACGUGUUAACUUUAAUUUUAUAUUCGCCAAACCACUCUAAUAUAGAAACGAACUUACAUCUAAGCUAAGAAAAGAAUCUACUUUACUUGGUAUCUUUUUAAAAUCAAACAAAAAUUAAAAUAAGUAAAAGUUGUGUUCCUAGAAUAAUAUACAAAUGUACAAAAGGGUGUCAUGAUCACUCUCUUUCAAGAAAGUUAACACAAAUAAUUUUUUGUAAUUAGAUUCGUUUUCUUCUAUUGGUCAGUCGAGUCACAUAGAAAAGUGAUUUCCAUUGCUUUACAUGUGCCUAUGUCCAAAAAACUUUUCAUUUCUUAUAAAACCUUUACUGAUCUUCUUGUUUCUUCCACUUCAUCCUCUCUCUUUCUUCGUCUUAAAAUCAUUUUACUUUUGGAUCAAGUCCUUCUUAACCUUCACACGACCACCAAACUUCUUCUGUCUUUGGUGUUUGCAGUUUUUAGCCUCGUGGCUGCAUCAACAGCAAAAAAUGGAAGGGGAAGAAGACACCGUGCCAAAGAAGAAAAUGGCGAAACAGCUGACCGGAAAACGCGAAGACACACUGCUCCAUUCAGCUGUGAGACGUGGAAACAAGGACGAAGUAGUUGAGAUUCUUACAAAAACCAGAGAGCCUCAGUUGAAUGAGCUGUUGGGGAAACAGAACCAAUCAGGUGAGACCGCACUCUACGUUGCAGCAGAGUAUGGUGAUGUUGAGAUUGUUAAAGAGAUGAUCAAACGCUACGAUCUUUCUCUCGUUGAGAUCAAAGCAAGGAACGGAUUCGAUGCUUUCCACAUUGCUGCCAAGCAAGGAGAUCUCGAUGUGUUGAAGGUUUUAGCAGAGGCUCACUCGGAGCUAGCCAUGACGGUGGAUUUGUUGAACACAACGGCACUGCACACAGCUGCAACGCAAGGACACACGGAUGUUGUAAACUUUCUACUGGAACUAGGAAGCAGCCUAGCGGGAAUCGCCAAGAGCAACGGUAAGACCGCACUCCACUCUGCGUCAAGGAACGGGCACGUGAAGGUCGUCAAGGCUCUAUUAGCAUCAGAGCCAGCGAUUGCAAUCAGGAUGGACAAGAAAGGCCAAACAGCGCUUCACAUGGCAGCUAAAGGAACAAACGUCGAGGUCGUAGAGGAGCUUAUCAAAGCGGAUAGAUCCUCUAUAAACAUAGCAGACACAAAGGGAAACACGGCGUUGCACAUCGCAGCUAGAAAAGGAAGAUCACAGAUCGUUAAGCUGCUGCUAGACAACAACAUAACGGACACAAAAGCUGUUAACAGAACGGGAGAAACGGCGCUCGACACAGCGGAGAAGGUUGGGAACCCAGAGGUGGCUCUUAUAUUACAGAAGCACGGCGUCCCCAGCGCCAAGACCAUUAAGCCCUCAGGGGCUAACCCUGCUAGGGAGCUGAAACAGACAGUAAGCGAUAUCAAGCAUGAGGUUCAUAAUCAACUUGAGCACACGCGCCAGACGAGAAGACGCGUUCAAGGAAUCGCAAAACAGCUCAACAAAAUGCACACGGAAGGUCUCAACAACGCGAUCAACUCAACCACUGUUGUGGCCGUGCUGAUAGCUACGGUUGCCUUUGCAGCUAUCUUCACUGUCCCGGGGCAGUACGUAGAAGACAUAACUAAUCUUCCAGAUGGGCAUUCACUAGGAGAAGCCAACAUUGCAUCAACGACCCCGUUCAUAAUCUUCUUCAUCUUUGACUCCAUCGCACUCUUCAUCUCAUUAGCAGUUGUGGUGGUUCAGACGUCGGUGGUGGUGAUAGAGAGCAAGGCCAAGAAGCAGAUGAUGGCUGUGAUAAACAAACUCAUGUGGCUCGCCUGCGUUCUUAUCUCUGUUGCCUUUUUGGCUCUGUCGUUUGUUGUCGUUGGUGAAGAAGAGAAGUGGCUAGCUAUUUGGGUGACUGCUAUUGGUGCGACUAUCAUGAUCACUACGUUAGGGACCAUGUGCUACUGGAUUAUACAGCACAAGAUUGAAGCCGCCAAUGCGAGAAACAUAAGAAGAUCCUCCAUCAACAACAGUAAAUCUGGUUCUUGGGGGAUUCCUCAGCUUACGGAUACAGAUGUUCUCCAAAACGAGUGUAAGAAAAUGUAUGCAAUCUGACUUAAUGUACACGGCAAGAACUUGAUAUACCAUGAGAGUUACCUGAGA